AUUUGGCGGACUCACUGAUGUGAAGUGCGAAACCACCAACGACACUAGCUCAUCGGUGGGAGGAGCACAGCUGACUGUAAACAACCAAUCAGAGAAGGAGGGAGGAGCCAAACUAGUGUUGAAGUGCAAAACUCCAGCGGCACAACCCAAAUCCAAGGAGGACACCACCAACCUUGAGGAUAAAGAUAACCUUGAGGUAGCAGAGGAUGGAGAUAGCGAAGAAGAGACUGAAAUUAUUGUGCUGCCCGAUCAUAUGAUGUUGGAAGAGGCGGUGGUAGUGGGAGGGAAAAGUGGAUCGGAGGGGAGAAAAGAGAAAACGAAGAUUGGCAAUGAGAAAAGUGAGAUAGAACACAAUUUGACGAUUGAGGAGGAUACCGAUUACGAGGCCAAGGAUGUGAGUUGUGAUGGUCUAAAAUUUCGUAAGGCGAAAAAGAGGGUUUUAAAAGGGAAGGAUACAAGGAAAAGAUCUUACAGUGAAGCAGCAAUGCAGGCGCCAUUGAAGACAUGCGGGCCGGCAAGAAUCUUGUCAAGUCAGCACGAGAGCACUGUGUCCGAAGACAACACUGUACUGUCGAGCCGGCGGAUCGGCGCCUGCCACAGGAUUCACCGCAAGGGAUAUCCCAUGGAGCAGAUGAAUGGUGCACUGGAGGCUGUAGCAA